CCCUAAUGUUAGAGUGUGAAUGUGGUUUGGCUUAGAUUCUUCACAUGGUAUCAGAGCAUUAAAUCUGCCAUUGUUCUUCAUCUUCUGCAACUGUUCUUCAUCCUUGGCUGCUUUUCAAGUUGCCCAACCCCCAUGACAGCCAACCGACGCCACUGCCAUCAGCAUCAGACCGCCGCUGCCGGACGCGACCAUCACCGCUGCUUCUGUUCGACCGCCAUCGCCGAAGUCGCCUGCUGUCGCCUCCUCGUCGUCGCCGCUUCUGUUCGACCGCCAUAGCCCACGCAUCGUCGCCGCCUUUGUUCGACCGCCUGCCAUCGCCUCUUCCCCAGCGCGUCUGCCGCCGUUAAAUCGGCCUCCCCGUCGUUCGUUGCAGCCUCCUCCUCGCUUCCCCUGUCCGCCAUUAACGAGCCCUCCCAAGCUGCUGGAUCUGGUCUAGGCCCAGCCUCAAAUAAUCCCAAGCUGCUGCCCAGAUCUGGUCUAGGCCCAGAUCUGACAGAUCCGGUCUAGAUCCAGAUCUGAUAGAUCCGGUCUAGAUCCAGAUCUGAUAGAUCCGACCAUCCAACAUAUUGGAUCCUCGAUCUCAGAAGGUGAUUGGGAUAGGCCGUAGACAAGGAGGGCUAUAUGUUUUAGACAAUCUGAGGCCAUCGCAUGUUGCAGCCUCUGCGGGUAUUUAAAUUACAGGUAGGAAAUUAUGGCCGAGGAAGCUCCCCAAAACAAGCUGAAGAUGCUGAACAUGCAAAAUGCAGCAUUUGUCUAAAUAUUUGGCACGAUGUUGUCACUGUUGCUCCCUGCUUUCACAACUUCUGCAACGGAUGUUUCUCAGAGUGGCUGAAAAGGUCCCAGGAGAAACACUCAAUUGUUCUUUGUCCCCAUUGUCGAUCAGCAGUGCAAUUUGUAGCAAGAAACCAUUUUCUGCAUAACAUUGAAGGGGAUAUUCUGCAGGCUGAUUCUUCGUUAAAACGUUCUGAUGAAGAAAUUGCACAUUUGGAUUCUCAUGCAUCAAUAAAGUCACCUCUUGUCCUUUGCACUGGAAGAAAGGCUCAUCGGAAGAGGGCACGUUUGCCAGCGGAUGAUGAAACUGAUGUUGGAGAUCUCUCAUGCCCUCAAUGUGGCAUUGAGCUUGCAGGAUUCCAGUGCAGCCGGGUUACUGUUCAUCUGCAGUGUCAAGCUUGUGGAGGAAUGAUGCCUUCUAGAAACAAUAUAAGUGUCCCACAACAUUGUUUAGGAUGCGAUCGUGUAUUUUGUGGUGCUUAUUGGCAUGCCCAGGGGGUUGUUGGAAUAAGCACUCAUCCAACAUGUAGUCUUGAGACUUUAAAACCUAUAUCAGAACGUACCAUCACUAGGAUCCCGACAUUGGCACAUGAAAGGAAUCAGCAUGAACAAGAUGUUACAGAUAGGUGUAUUAGACAGAUGGGAAGAACCUUGCAGGAUGUUAUCUCUGAUUGGAUUACAAAGUGGGACAAUCGAGAAAUUGAUCGCACACGGAUGCCGUUGAACCAUGCUGAGAUGAUAACUGCUGCAACACAUAUUUGCAAUGAAUGCCAUGAGAAACUAGUUUCAUUCCUGCUGUACUGGUUCAGGAUUUCAAUGCCGAAAUAUCUUCUGCCGACAGAGGCAUCUCAGAGGCAAGAUUGCUGGUAUGGAUAUGCGUGUAGGACGCAGCACCACAGUGAGGAACAUGCCAGUAAAAGAAACCAUGUUUGCCGUCCAACAAGGGGUACUAGUAACAACACAUAGGUAGAAGAAUGCUCUGCAUUCAUGUGUACUUUUGUUAGGGACUCCGAUGUACAAAUUUGCAUUGAAUUUGAGCUUGCUUUCACUCUCUUUAAGAAAAUGAUGGAUUUUAAGUCUCUUGUUUGCUUGGAGUUUUGAGUUUUUCGAUUAGUAUCUCUUUGUCGAUAAUGUUAAUGCGUAGUAGUCGUUUUGACUAUUCAGAUGUUGUAGUACUGAUAAGGAAGGGUUUGAAAAGAACCACCAUGUGAAUACGAGGGUUCAAUUCUUAACUUCAUUAAUGUUUACGUGAUUU